UCUUAACGGAACGGUACCACCAUCUCCGGAAUGCGGAGUAUCGUCCACGGGAACACUGUUGUUGUCUGACUGUUGAGAGCUUGGAGGACCAUUUCUCCACCUGCAGGUGUUUGGCGCCAAGCUGCCCACUUUGCCUUUUUUCUGUGGCGCAGAGAGACAAAUUGUUUAUCUUGUGUCAAGUGCUGGGGUAUAACCACACUCUAACCCAACACACCAGCCCACCACCGCACCACCACUACCCCGAAAAACCUACUCCUGCAGACCCGCUCCGCUCCGGAUCUGAGUUAGUCAGUGAAAGUUUGUUGUCGCCGUUUGUGGGUGCCGUCUGUGGAGUGCUUAACCGUAACGAAACUCGGUUUCUGGGGGAGCCCCAAAUCGGAUGACAUUAUCUCCCCGGGCUUGAAGCGGUAUACGGCACAGGAUCCUCAGCCCACAGCCCACGGCCCACGGCAGGACAUUCGCGGUUCUGGUACAAGGAGGGCGGGAGCUGUGCAGGGGAAUGGCAGACGGCAGGGGUGUCUGAUGGGUGGUGAGACCGAAAUUAAAAGCGAAACAAGGCGUCGCACCUUAGGCAUGCAUCUUUAAUCAGGCCCCAAUGAAUUUGCGCGCUCCGUGGAACCGUGCGAAAUGUUUACGGCGUAUGGCGUAUGAAUAAGCAAUGAAAUAAGCGCUCCCGGGCAUUUGUCAUUUGGCAAAGUGAAAAUUGAAGUGACUGUGAAAUUGAGACAAAUGUGCUCUGGCAUACCGGAUUAAAAUUAAACCGAAACUCUGCUAAGCCAAUACCAGACCAGACUUGGCUAAAAGUUACUUGACUAAGGCUAAGGAAUCAAAGGCACCGAAGGAAUUGAGGAGGAAUCUGGCCUUAAUUUAUUCUUAACUGGUCAACCGCAACAAAAGCAACAAAGGAUGGAUUCUAAAGCUGGCUUAAGUGCGCUGGAGGAGAGGUCCCUGAAAGGUUCAGAAAAACUCAAAAUGCUGGACAUCACACGCGACAAGCCCGUGAAGGUGGCCGUCAAAGUGGCGGUGCCAGUGCGAGAUCAUCCCAAGUUCAAUUUCGUGGGAAAGCUGCUCGGCCCCAAAGGCAACUCGAUGAAGCGCCUGCAGGAGGACACCAUGUGCAAGAUGGCCGUACUGGGGCGCGGCUCGAUGCGGGACCGACGGAAGGAGGAGGAGCUGCGCGCCAGCGGCGACAGUCGCUAUGCCCAUCUCUUCGAGGACCUGCACGUGGAGAUUUCGACAUUUGCGGCUCCGGCGGAGGCUCAUGCCCGGAUCGCGUACGCCCUGGCGGAAGUGCGACGUUUUCUCGUUCCGGACUACCACGACGACAUCCGCCAGGAACAGAUGUGGGAGAUGCAGGCGCUCACGUCCACGCCCGGCAUGGGCGGUGCCCAUUCGCUGGACGACUCACUCAGUCCUACCAUUAAUACAAGUAACACGGCCACCGGUUCGGGGGCGGGGAUCAAUGCUGGCAACUCGAAUAGCAGCUCCAGUGGACGUGGCCUGGGCGGCGGACUGGCCGACAUGGACACGUCCAACGAUGACAAAUCGGACAACGACGCCAGCGGCAUGGAGUGCCUGUCCACCGUCGACAAGCUCGAGUGCUCGCCCACCUGCGGUAGUCUGGCCAUCACCGGCAUAGCCAGCAUUAGCACCGCCAGCUCAAAUCACACCCACCCGCACCAGCACGCCCACACCCACGCCCAUGGACACCACCAGCAGCAGCAACAUCAACACCAGCAGGCGGCACACCACCACAGCCACCAGACGCACUUCCACCAGUUGCUGCAGCAGGCCCACGGCGGAGCCAGUGCAGCGGCAGCGGCUGCCUGCGGAGAGCAUCUCUCGGGACAGGCGACACCGGCGACGGCGGCGGCACUGCACACCACAGCCAUGGCGGUGGCAUUGCAGCAUCAGCUGACAGCCGCAGGAAUCGGAGGACUCCUAAAGCCGGCCACCGGAGUCGGAGCCACCAUGGCCGGGCUGCCCACCACGCAGGCGAGUGGCACGGCUCUCCAAUUGCCCGGCGACGGGGAGGGGGCGGCCACAUCCACGCUGACCCUGCUGGAGCCCCCGGGGACCGCUCUCCUGCAUCCCGCACUGCGCAACGUCAAGACCAUCAACAUAGGUGGCGGCCUGGGCAGGAAGCGACCGCUGCUGGGCGUUCCCCGAUCCGGAAUGAAUCCCACAAAGCGCACCGUGAUGAGCCUUCUGGCCCGGGCCAAGAACUCGCAGGCCCUUCACUCGGUCCGGCAGCCGAUGGUCACAGCGACCAGUUUCGCAGAGCCGUUGCAGAUGCUGACCUCGCCGUUCAUCAUUCCGCACCAGGCGGUGGACCAGCCGAUCCUGGCCCUGCCCAAGGAGAGCCUCGCCCAGGGCGUCUAACCCAGUGACCUGCACCUGCACCACCUGCGGCUGCCCACCACCGGCAGCGGACCGAGUCCGAUUUGACCGACGACUACCCGCACCCACAUGACGGCUCCAGAGAUGCCUCGGGAUGCCGGGAACGGGACACAUACGAUGUUUGUGUAGUUGUUGGGUACUUUUCAAUGUAGUAAGGCUAUUUAUAUAAACGUACCGAUCUUUAGGGACUAACUGUGAACUUAUCUGAGCGAAAUCUCGAGCUCGUGCUACACGAUUUUAUUUUUUACAGAGAAUAAACGGAGAGUCUAUUUGCAAUGAGAUGUUUUAUUUCCACUGAUCCACUGCAGAUCCCCACAAAAAAUGUUCGAUUUAAUAGAACAGAUUUAAAACUUUAAACAAAUUGAAACCUAAAAUUAGUGUCAAAUUAAAGAAAAGAAAAACCAAGAAAAACUUCAAUAGUAAUAAAUGUAAACGCAAUUACUUUAAACAAAUUACUUUAACUAAAAUAUACACACAAAAAAAAUACGAAUGCGAAUGCAGAUACCAAAAAACACGAGUACCAUAAAAUAUAUAUAUAUAUAUAUAUACAUAUACAAUACAUGCGAACACGUAUACAAGCAUAUACAGAAACAAAUAUAUAUGUGUGUACUUAAAUCUAUAUUAACUUAAGAUUAAACCAAACCAAACUACUAAAUUAAAGAGAUAAUACAAUAAUUUUAAAGUAUUUUAAAAGCCACAAAAAAAAACACAAACAAAACCAAAAGACAAAGUCAAAUCGCAAAAAAACAGAGAGAGUUUAGAAAAAGUAUAGACAGACAGUUGAGGUAGAAACCCCGAUCAGAGAGAUCCCACCGCCUUCAGCUUCAGUUGCCUGAUUGAUUGAUUGAUUGAUUGAUUCAGCCAUAUUGAGUCCCCUGAGAUGAAGAGCCACAAGCAGCUGAUAGAAUAUGAUAGAUAGUUCGGUUUCAGUUUUAGAACGGACAGUUUCAGGACAUCGAAAACCGCGAUCGCCUAGAGAGUUAUAUAUAUUGUUUGUUUAAGCUAUAAUAGUACAUAUAACGACGCACCUAAGGAUAGUGUAUGGAAAGGUCUCUGGUCUGAGUUUAGCUAGAUUUCCCCCCAAAAUCUCCGGCACCCACCUAACUUUCAGAAGGAAUCACCUUAGCGCCCCCAGUUACUUUGUUGACAGUGCACAGCCCCGCAUAGUACUUACAUAGCGAUAACCGAUAUACAAUAACAAAACAUUAUUCAAUAAAUGUUCACAGAAAGUUUAAUCAAAAUACAAAAACCAAAAAAAAAAGAAAAUCUUAAAAAAAAACGAAUAUUUACAAGCGUAUAGUAAAAAGUAACGUUAAAGUAAAAUAUUGAUGUUCAAAGAAAGCAAAAUCCGUGAAAAGUCCUACUCAUGUCAUUAAAUGUAGAUGCCAAGUAUGCGAUUCAAAUUAAAUAAUUAAAAACCCACUUAAACGGGCAGCCUAAAAACCACCACAACCACCAAAAAAAAAAAUACACAAAAAACGCCUCCAAAACACCACAACCACCACUACCACCACGAACCACAGCUUCGAGCUAUUCACAAAUAAAAUGCAAUAUUUUAAAAAUAAA